ACCGGGGCUCAUUCCUACGUCACGUGCCGCGCUGCUUAUGGCGGCGCUGGAGUGCUGCUGCUGUUGGGUAUGAAGUGAAAUAGAACUGAAUAUACCAUCUGAAACUGCUGCUUCCAGUUCGGAUCACGUUGAGGAAAAAAACAAGCUGAAACAACCAAAGAGCAAACUGCAGCUAAAGAAAACUUGAUCUGAAACAGAAGUUUGUGCCUACUCAACAGCCUACAAAGAGCACUUCCCAACGCUGCUAUACUUUCUACUCUUCUCAGUGCUGCCCUAGAGCACUCUCCAGUGCAGCAAGAAUAGGAAUUCUCUGCUAGCUUGAUAGAUCCUUCUCUGUCUCUUGUCCGCCCAUCAUUGUCAACCUCCGAACGUGCGCUAAACAGAACAUCAGACAACAGUACAAACUACUGACAAGUGCAAUAUUCAAAAUCACUACAAGCUUUAUGAGAUGGAGAAAGUGUACCCUGUGCCUUCAGAGCAUCUUGCUCCUCCAUCUUCUCGAGCUCUCUCUCGCCCUCUUUCAACUGGGCGCUCUGCCUCCAUCAGUACUAAAAAGCAGAAGAGGAUACCUCUGUAUCAGAGAUCAAUGAGCUUUGAUCCAAACCUCUUGCAUAACAAUGGCCACUCUGGAUUUGCUAACGGUACCUCAGGAGCUCUGCGUGAGACGGGUGUUAUCGAGAAGCUGCUGUCAUCAUACGGUUUUAUCCAGUGCACUGAACGUCAAGCCAGACUCUUCUUCCAUUGCUCACAAUACAGCGGCAAUCUGCAAGAUCUGAAAGUGGGAGAUGAUGUGGAGUUUGAAGUAUCUUCUGACAGACGGACUGGGAAACCGAUUGCUGUGAAACUUUUGAAGGUGAAGCCUGAAAUCUUACCCGAAGAGAGGAUCACUGGACAGGUUGUCUCUGCUGCACCUUUUAACCUUGAGAACAAAUCUGGGCUGAAACCGUCAUCUCCUGGUCAGACUUCAGGCAGUGUGUGCUAUGAACGCAAUGGGGAAGUAUUUUAUCUGACAUACACACCUGAAGAUGUUGAAGGAAACGUCCAGCUUGAAACGGGAGAUAAAGUAUCUUUCUCCAUGGAAACAAAUAAACACACUGGUGCUGUAAAUGCUCACAACAUUUUACUCGUGAAGAAGAAACCAGGACGGUGUCAGGGUGUAGUUUGUGCCAUGAAAGAAGCAUUUGGAUUUAUUGAAAGAGGUGACCUUGUGAAAGAGAUCUUCUUCCAUUAUAGUGAGUUUAAAGGAAACCUGGAAACCCUGCAGCCAGGAGAUGACGUGGAAUUUACAAUUAAGGAAAGAAAUGGAAAAGAAGUCGCCACUGAUGUGAAACUUUUGCCACAAGGAACCGUAAUAUUUGAAGAUGUGAGCAUUGAACUGUUUGAAGGAGUUGUCACCAAAAUUAUUCCAAAAGUAACAAGUAAAACCCAGACUGACCCUUUGCCCGGCCGCAUUAAAGUGAACUUUGCAAUUUCCAAAGAACUUCCCUUUGGAGAUAAAGACACCAGAUCCAAAGUGACCCUUCUAGAAAGUGACCAUGUCAGGUUUAACAUCUCCACUGAUCGGCGGGACAAGCUGGAGCGUGCUACAAACAUUGAAAUCGUCCCGGAUUCUUUUGAGUUGACUGGAGAAAGCAGAGAAAUGGGUGUGAUUGCAGCCAUGAGGGAUGGAUUUGGUUUCAUUAAAUGUGUAGAUCGUGAUGCCCGCAUGUUUUUCCACUUCAGUGAGAUCAUGGAUAGUCUUCAGCUCCACAUCUCAGAUGAAGUUGAGUUCACUGUUGUUCCCGAUGUUCUUUCAGCCCAGAGAAACCAUGCAAUUCGAAUUAAAAAACUCCCAAAAGGAACUGUGUCUUUUCAUACACAGUCUGAACAGCGUUUCUAUGGAAUUGUGGAUAAAGAAGCUGCCGGCACGAUAUCUAAAUCCAUCAGCCCAACCAAGGGGAAAGAAAAGGACUCAGAGGAAGGAAUGAUUACAUAUGAUGACUCUGGAAUACGAAUGACUGUGCCAUACCACAUAAAGGAUCUGGAAGGGUGUGCAAUUCCACAGCUUGGUGACAAGAUUGAAUUUAGUAUUUGUGAAGUUAAAAGAACAGGUCUUCAGAGUGCAGUGGCAAUCAAAAUUCUAAACCGUACCAAUGCCAAGAGACUUGUAGGAUAUGUGGCAGCAUUGAAGGAUAACUUUGGCUUCAUAGAAACUUCUCAGCAUGAUCAAGAAAUCUUCUUCCACUAUAGUGAGUUCUCUGGAGAUCUUGAUGAACUGGAGGUUGGUGAUGUUGUGGAGUACAGCUUGUCAAAGGGCAAAGGGAACAAAGUGAGUGCUGAUAAAGUUGCCAAGAUAACAACAGUGAAUGGUCCCAGUGAUGAAAUAUAUCCAACAGUAUACCUUGGCAAAGUCCUCAGGCCAUUACGCAGUGUGGAUCCACAGCAGGCAGAGUAUCAGGGACUCAUUGAGAUUGUAGAGGAAGGAAGCAUGAAAGGUGAAGUGUUCCCUUUUGGUAUCGUCAGCCUAGCAAACAAAGCAGACUGCCUGCAGAAGGGGGAAACCAUCAAAUUCCAGCUAUGUACUGUCACCCAAACAGGGCAGAAAAUGGGCUACAAUGCCACACCAUUACGCAAGGCUACAGUGGACUGUGUGAAAGAUCAGUUUGGCUUCCUUAACUAUGAAGUUGGUGACAGUAAGAAGCUGUUCUUCCGCGUAAAUGAGGUGUUGGAUGGUGUGGAGUUGCAGCCUGGAGAUGAGGUGGAGUUUUCGGUCAUCCUAAACCAACGCACAGGAAAGUGUAGUGCCUGCAAUGUGCUGCGUGUCAGUGAAGGUAUUAAAGCUGUGGCAGCCCCACGUCCUGACCGUUUAGUCCAUCGUCUGAAGAGCAUCACCUUGGAUGACGCGAGUGCCCCAAAACUAGUUGUGCUUCGCCAGCCAAAGGGACCCGAUUCCACCAAGGGAUUUACUGCAGAGAGAAAGAUCCGUCAACCUGGAGUCAUGGACUGAUUUCUUCUCUUUUCCUCCUCUCUCCCUUCCCUCCCCGCCCCCUCCCCCAGCAAGCACAUUACCCAUUGCAGUAUCCUCGGGGAGGGGGAGGGUUUACGCAAGAUUAGUCAGCCUCUGCCUCCCUCGUUACCCCCCCCAAUCCAAAAUGAAAACGGAAUGCAAUUUAUCUACUUUCAAGCAAAACCUUCAGUUCUACCAGUUGUCUGUGCUUUUAUCAAAAGCUUAAAAAAAAUACAAAAUGAAACAAAAAAAACACAAAAAAACACAAACCCAAAAAGGUCACGCACAGGCUCAGGGCAGUGAAUGAGCAGGAAGCCUUCUAGUUCUCACAACUUUAUAGGAGCUUGGUUUAAAAUUGACAGCAUCUUACAUCAAUGCUAAUUUGGAAUUUGUAAGUUUAUUUGCCUUUUAUGUUAGUGAUUGGAGAAAAAAAUUGAAAGAGAAGCUGUACAACUGAAACACACUGAAGAGUGAGUGCCAUGUGUACUGCCUAUUGUAAACCUCUCAGUACAAGCUUGCUGACGCUGCAGUACACUGCAGCCCUAGAACUUUUUUUCCCCUCCCCCUAUUCAAGAAACUAACAGAUUUGUGCCUAAAAGAAGAAUAUCACUGUUAUUUCCCAUGAAGGGCACCCUGUGUAUGCCGAAUGAAAAAGAACGGCUGAUUUUUUUUUAAAAAAAGUAUAUGAAUGCAUCAAGGUGGAAAUGAAAACAAUGUUUAAUCGUUGGUACUGUAUAUAUGCCUUUUGCAUAGAAACAGGGAGACUAGUUGAUAUCAAGCGAUCGUAAUCGAAGAACUGGUCUGUGUUCCUAUACCAAAUAAGAUCAGGAAUCUAAUUGAUGUUGAUGUGGGACAGAGGCAAGUACCUGUUUCUGUUUCGCCUCUACUCACAGUUUGGGGUUUGUCUAAGCUGGGAGAUGGCUUUGUUACAAGAAAGAAACACCUGGCUUUCUCCUGUGUCCCUGUUAAUGGUCAUGAAAAAGAAACUAGAAUAAAAAGUUUUACCAUA